AUGGCUAAAGUAUCGUUGUCAAUGCUGUUGUUAGCUGCCGUUAUGGCAGUGACCGAAGUAUUUGGUUGUGCCACUACUGCUCAAGUUGUUAGUUGUACGCAGUGCCAGCAGCCUGUGAAUAGUAAUUUUCCUGAAAAUGCUGUAAAUGCUGGGAAUGGAGUUCCGGUGACAGGUACAGAUGCAAACGGUUGUACAACCUACACCUAUACCUGCACAUGUGGUCAACAGGGUGCUUGUGGAAGUGUUUAUGUUAAUGCCAUAAAUCCAACAACCGGCCAAGCUUAUCCAACUCCUCCAGCAACCGCCAAUACUGUUGUGUUGACAAUGACUUGUGGUAACGAUGCAACUUGGACUGGAACUUAUACAGCAAACGGCGGAGCUGCAACAGCUGUUAUUCCAAACAUACAGUCGGUAACCUGUAUAGGAACAAUAUAA